AUGAAGAAGACUAAGUUGCCCGACGCUUGGAAGAAGACUACGGCUGAAUUGGAGACGGCAUUGCGUAAUGACAGGAAAGAGUACUUGCAUGCCAAGAAAAACCACGCGGUUACAUGGCGCAAGGAGUUCUUGACUAUUCAAGUGAAGCAAUCUAAGAAGAAACAAUGGACAUCGCGCAAGGCUAGAGAUCGCUUUUUGAGGUUACGGCGGAUGAAGCAACGAGAGGAGGCGAGACGCCGCCGCCGCGCCCAGUCAAAAGGAUCUACCGGUGGUUUGCAAGCGAUUCAAGUUGAGGAGCAGUUACCUAACGGACAAGUGGACCUUCGAACUCUCACUGACCGGAGACAAGUUGAGCAAGGGUGCAUGCAGGAAAAUCGAGCACGGUACGACCAGACUCGAUCGCCCUAUACGACUCCUCCCAUGGACGAACCCUUGUAUUCAAUGUUCACCGGGGCGGACGCAGAGAGGAACUCCCACGCCCUUCUGGAGGGCCGCCUUCCAAUGCCGGAUGGGAUCGAUUCUUACACUCAGUUAUUCCUGGAACAGUGCCGUUUCCAUCAAGGGCAUUCUAUGAUCCCGAUGGAAGUGUCGCCGGACGAUCAUACUUACUUCUGGUCCCCUAAUCCAGAGAAUAAGGGCUCGGAACCACAUGGGCUUCAUAACGGGCAUUUCAAGGCUGGGAUCUAUUCUCCUACGGUGGCUCAAUGCGACGCUCUCUUCCGCCACAUACCCUUGACAACUGGGUUUGUCCCUGACAACUGGCGGCAUCUGAUGAAUUUUGCCAUUGGAAAGAAGCCAGGAGACUUCCGGCUGACAAAAAUGCGCACGAUCCAGCUCAUGAAUUCUGAAUCCCAAGCGAACUACAAAAAAUUGGGCCGCCUGGCCAUGGCCUACGGUGAAGAACAUCACCUCUUGGCCGAUGGACAGUGCGGGGCUCGAAAGCACCAUCAAGCGAUCGAUCUCGCCCUGUCUAAACGCCUUGUGUGGGACCUGCUGAUUCUCCAGCGCCGCUCCGCGGGGUGGAUUUCAAAUGACGCAAAGUCUUGUUUUGAUCGGGUCGUCCAUUGGGUUGCGGUGAUAGCUAUGAUGCGUCUGGCGAUUACUUGGAAUGCGUUGCGGAUGAUGUUUGACACUCUAGCCACGUCCACGCACCGAGUGCGGACGGGCUUUGGUGACUCUGAAGAGAGAUCCCCCUUCUAUUGUACCAUUUCAGGGUUGCGGCCAGGGCAACGGAGCGGGCCCGCCCAUUUGAGUUUCGGUUAG